CUCCUCCCGGUAGACCGACUCUCCCUCUUCCGCAGUUAUUGUCACAACUCUCCAAAUGGAUCUGAUAUUAUCAACGCUUUUAUUCUGCCUUCAUGUAGUGACUGUGACCUGCAUGUUUGUGGAUGUUGUUGUCGAUCGGUACGACAUACCGAGAGUUUGUCCUCGAGAAGUGCAAACAGAAGAUUUUGUCCGUUAUCAUUUUAACGGUACCUUCUUUGCAGACGGGAAACAAUUUGACUCCAGUCAUGACCGAGGAAAGGCCUUCAUCAGCCAGGUCGGCCUGGGCAGACUCAUCGCAGGGAUGGACCGCGGUCUCCAGGGCAUGUGUGUCAAUGAACACAGGAAGAUCACAAUCCCCCCACACCUGGCCUAUGGAAGCAUUGGAACAGGUGGUGUAAUUCCUCCUGACGCUGUGUUGGUGUAUGAUGUUCUCCUGCUGGACAUGUGGAACACCGAGGACAAGGUUGAGAUCCGCACACUCGGCAAACCUGCGAGCUGCAACCGCACCACUGUGGCGUCAGAUUUCGUCCGGUACCACUAUAACGGCACGCUGCUGUCUGGUGCAGCCUUCGACUCCAGUGUGUCGAGGAAUGCAACCUAUGACACCUACUUGGGACAGGGCGACCUCAUCAAAGGCAUGGACGAGGGUCUUCUGGGCAUGUGUGUCGGGGAGAGAAGGGUCAUCAUCAUCCCACCUUUCCUGGCGUACGGAGAGAUUGGCCAUGGAACUGAGGUUCCUCCUCAGGCUACGCUGGUGUUCGAGGUGCUGCUGGUUGAUGUGUUCAACCCUAAGGAUGAUCUGAUUGUGGAGGUGAAGGAGGUGCCCGAAGGCUGCACCCGCAGGACGUUGAAAGGAGAUUACAUCCGCUACCACUACAACGGGACCUUCCAGGACGGCACGGCCUUCGACUCGAGCCACAAGCGAAACAACACCUACAACACUUACAUCGGCAUGGGAUACGUGAUCCAAGGGAUGGAUAGAGCCCUGCAUGGGCUGUGCAUGAGAGAGAAGAGAAGGAUUACCAUCCCUCCUCACUUGGCGUAUGGGGAAGAAGGAGUUGGAGACCUCAUUCCUGGCUCUGCUGUGCUGGUCUUUGACAUUCACGUCAUUGAUUUCCACAACACCGAAGACCUAGUGGACAUUAAAGUUACCCACAAGCCUCAGGAAUGCAAAGUGACCAGUGAAGCUGACGAUUUGAUCCAGUAUCGUUAUAACUGCUCCUUGAUGGACGGCACGCUGCUGUACUCCUCGGACCACUACGACUCACCUUCCAUCACGACUCUCGGAGCGGACAAGGUGAUCCCGGGUCUGGAGGAAGGUUUGAUAGGCAUGUGUGUGGGCGAGAAGAGGGAGGUGGUGGUUCCACCUCACUGGGGACACGGUGAAAAUGGAGCUGGCGGAGUUCCCGGGAGUGCAGUGCUCUUCUUUGAGCUGGAGCUCGUGAAGCUGCAGAAGGGCGUACCUGAAGGCUUCAUGUUUGUGUGGCUGGGCGACGCCCCAGAUCCCCUCUUUCCUGUCAUGGACCUCAAUGGCGACAAAGAGGUCCCUCUGGAGGAGUUUUCAGCCUUCAUCUUUCUCCAAGUUAAAGAGGGCAAAGGUCGUCUUCGGCCCGGGGUCGAGGUCGACGCCGUCAUUGAGGAAAUGUUCAAUAACCAGGACCGCAAUAAAGACGGGAAGAUUGUAGAAGAUGAACUGAAGCUUCAGGUGGAUGAAGAGUCUGAACAAGUCAGACGAGACGAGCUGUGAAGGACCAGACGUGCAGAGGCAUCUCAGCAACUGGCGGCGUGCAACUAUUUAGAAACUUCUGCAGAGUUUGAAGUGACAGUGAUGCGUCGCUAGAUUCUGUUAAAUAUGUUGCGCACGUGAAACAGGUGUUGGAAAAAUGUGAACGGAAGGAAAAUGGUCAGUAGUGAAAUUGUGUUGUUGAAAUUUGACUCAUGGAUUUACAUUGAACUAUUUAAGCAAGCAUCGGGCUGGGCCCUUCUUCCAGAGUAUUACUUUAUAAAAUGUGUCAACGCAGUGAAUCAUAUACAAACCAUGGAAAUCCACCGGUUGUACAGGACAUGCGGGAGGGGCUAUUUGUACAAUAUUAGAAUAUCUAUGAUAGAAAAGUAUAUUGCAGUGUGUAUG